CCUGCCGGGCCGGCGCGCGGCGUCGCCAGGCCGGCGAUGGCCCCCGAGACCCCGGCCGAGGGGCCCAGCCCGCGCUACUUCACCUGGGACGAGGUGGCACUGCACUCCGGCCGCGAGAAGGAGCGGUGGCUCGUGAUCGACCGGAAGGUGUACAACAUCAGCGAGUUCGUCCGCCGGCACCCGGGGGGCUCCCGGGUCAUCAGCCACUACGCCGGGCAGGAUGCCACGGAUCCCUUUGUGGCAUUCCACAUCGACAAGGGCCUUGUGAGGAAAUACAUGAACUCUCUCCUCAUUGGAGAACUUUCUCCGGAGCAGCCCAGCUUUGAGCCCACCAAGAACAAAGAGCUGACUGAUGAGUUCCGGGAGCUGCGGGCCACAGUGGAACGGAUGGGGCUCAUGAAGACCAACCAUAUCUUCUUCCUGCUGUACCUGCUGCACAUCCUGCUGCUGGAUGUUGCUGCCUGGCUCACUCUUUGGGUCUUUGGGACAUCCUUAGUGCCCUUCCUCCUCUCUGCAGUGCUGCUCAGUGUAGUUCAGGCCCAGGCUGGUUGGCUGCAGCAUGACUUUGGGCACCUGUCCGUCUUUAGCACUUCCACGUGGAACCACUUGCUGCAUCAUUUUGUGAUUGGGCACCUGAAGGGGGCCCCUGCCAGUUGGUGGAACCACAUGCACUUCCAGCACCACGCCAAGCCCAACUGCUUUCGCAAAGACCCAGAUAUCAACAUGCAUCCCUUCUUCUUUGCCUUGGGGAAGAUCCUCUCAGUGGAGCUUGGGAAACAGAAGAAAAAGUACAUGCCAUACAACCAUCAGCACAAGUACUUCUUCCUCAUUGGGCCCCCAGCCUUGCUGCCUCUCUACUUCCAGUGGUAUAUUUUCUAUUUUGUUUUCCAGCGGAAGAAGUGGGUGGACUUGGCCUGGAUGGUCACCUUCUAUGUCCGCAUCUUCCUCACAUAUGUGCCGCUGUUGGGGCUGAAAGGCUUCCUGGGCCUUUUCCUCAUUGUCAGGUUCCUGGAGAGCAACUGGUUUGUGUGGGUGACACAGAUGAACCACAUCCCCAUGCACAUUGAUCAUGACCAGAACAAGGACUGGGUUUCCACCCAGCUCCAGGCAACGUGCAACGUCCACAAGUCUGCCUUCAAUGACUGGUUCAGUGGGCACCUCAACUUCCAGAUCGAGCACCAUCUCUUCCCCACGAUGCCCCGGCACAACUACCACAAAGUGGCGCCCCUGGUGCAGUCCUUGUGUGCCAAGCAUGGCAUAGAGUACCAGUCCAAGCCCCUGCUCUCAGCCUUUGCCGACAUUGUCCACUCUCUGAAGGAGUCGGGGCAGCUCUGGCUGGAUGCCUAUCUUCACCAAUAAACACCAGCUCCCCCUCCCGUCGGGAAGAAAAGAGGACCCUGGAGCCAAUGCCAGGGAGCUUAAGGGACAAUGCCACUAACAGUUCUCAUAUUCAGAGGGGGGUGGGUUUGGGGACAGAAAGGCUCAUACUCUUCCCCUUCAUCUUCUAGGUGUAAAGGCCCAAGCAGGGGUCAGGGGAGACAUGAGCCCCCAGGAGGAAGAAAGGUGCUGUUGGGGCAGGGGUACAAGUUUUGUUUCCUUUUUCUAGCUUGACAGAUGCAGGAUGCUUGGUGAGCAAAAGGUAACCAGGAGGUCAUUAAAAAGGGGAGAGACUUAACACUAAAAUUCCACUCAGAUUAAGGGGAACUCACCUUACUGGCCCACUUCUGAGCAGCCUUUCCAGGCUCCAGGCGGUGCCUGGGAUUGCAGCCCCAGGGGUAUGACCUGUGUCUGUCCCAGGCUGCUGGGAAAAGCCUUGUCUGUUUCCCAAGUGGCCCGGAAGGUCUCCAGCACCAGAUUGUGGUCUCAUGUUCCCCUGAAGGGAAUAUCAGGCCCUACCUCCUGCCAAAACACACAGGAGAGGGCUGCUGGCCACUAGAAAUCUCUUCAUCUGCCUCAAGGAAGAGGACCCCAGGACUGCAAGUCCACUUUGCCCCACAAGUAAGCAAAUGGGGCGACUUAGUCUUUCCUCCUCCCUGGAAGCAAAUGGCACUCCCAGUGGUUCCCUUUUGCCUCCCAACCUGUAAUCUGAAGUUUAAGAAAGCAGUGAUUAGCACAAGUGACCGAAUUGGGAGAUAGGGGUUACCAGCCAAGAGGAAGGACACGAGUUCCAGGAAGAAAGUCUAAGGGCUAUGAGCAGGAACUCUAAUCUAGACAGCACUGCCUUGGAGCAACAGCAGUGGCUUGGAGAGGAUUGCUUCAUAGCUCUAAAUCCCAGAUAGGAAGAUUAAAGUUUGUCGUCGUUGCUGUAGUUAGGCUUCUUACUCUGUCCAGUCUUGUUUGGGUAUCUUACACUCCUGGAGACCAGAUAGGAAUUUAGGAUAAAUUCUUCAAAUGCAUAUCAGUCUAACAGGGAAACAAUUUUCUAACCUCAUGGUUCUGAAGAGUUUCCUGCAUCUCUUCAGAGAGCAAACAUAGGAAUAUGGCCUGGGGAUCCUUGUCUGAAGUCCUAGGGCCUAGCAUUACCACUCACUGUCUCUCUUCCCUCCCCACACCUAGCCUUCUGGUCCAGGUGAGGGGAUGAUUUACUCUAAGCAUGUCAGCCAUUUUGGAUAUUGGGAGAAGAGAACAUUGACUAAAAGGAAAAGCGCUUAGUUUUAGGAGGGAAUGGCAGGUCCAGAUGAGGGUCCUAAGAUAAUGCUGGGCUAGGGUUCAACGUGCCAGCAAAGGCUGUUAGGAAUGCUUAGAGGUCUGUCAGGGCUGGAAAGAGAACAGUUGGGGGAGAACAGGUUGCAGAGUUCAGAUCUUUCCCUUUAGGACAGGUUGUGCCCGGCUGGAGAACCUGGUUUAACAAGGCCUGAGUAUAAAAAUGAGAAGCAGAAUUGAAGAGUUCUGCGUUAGCUUCCUCACUCCAGAACAGGUGCUGAUCCCACCCCAUUCCUGUUCCCUGCCACUAGGUAUAGAUGUGGCAUCACCAGCUUGCCAAGCCAGCUGGCUUUGGGCCCAGGCUACCCAAUCUGAGCAAACACCAGUGAGGCUCUAUUGUGCCAAGCCCACGUCCUCAAAGUACCUGAACCACUGUGGCCUUCUCCCCUCAGCCUAUACCUGUGUGGUCUCCAACAGGGCCACAGCUGGACACAUCAGAGUGUUAGAAUGGUAAGAUCUUUAUCACUUCUGCUGACAGAGGAGAAAAUAAGCUUAGAAGAAAAACCACCUCUGACACAUAGAUCGUGGUACCUCGUUCAGUGUUUUUUAAAACUCCAACAUGUUUAUUUUGUUACUCAUCUUUCUACUACCUGGCCAAGGUAUCUUCUUUAAUCAGGCCUGUUUCCAGUAUCCCUUUGGUGUGCCAGUUUUGUUACCAAUUCCCAAUAAAGUAAAGCUGUACAAUAAAGUUAAUUUUGACCAAA